AUGGAGCUGCAAACAGUGUAUAACGCCCUUCUUGCCCCCUGCUCCACAGACAGGCGUACUCACUUUGGUAAUUUCUUCUCUCGUACGGGUAAAAUAAACAAAGCAAAACCCAGCAGAAAAGGGCUUUAUCUCUGGGGUGGUGUUGGUCGUGGCAAAACCCAUCUGGUCGAUUACUUCUUUAAGCUCAUUCCAAGCAAAAAGAAGUUACGUUUACAUUUUCAUCGCUUUAUGCAACUAGUGCAUGAAGAUUUAGCGACAUUAAAGCAUGUAGAAGAUCCGCUACAGACCGUUGCCAAAAACCUUUCUCAUAAAGCCGACAUCAUUUGUUUAGAUGAAAUGCACGUCAACGACAUUACCGAUGCCAUGCUCCUUGGCAAAUUGUUCGAACAUCUUUUUGAGCAAAACGUAGUGUUAGUGACCACGUCUAACCGCCCUCCACAGGAC